CUUGUGUCGCUAUUUGUACAAUAUUCGCUCGCGUCGAGCAGGUUAUCGUCACGUCGGUAUAUAAGACUGUACUCUGAAAAAAAUUCGGCAUAAACUCGUUUCGUUUAACGCGUCUCUCUUCAUCUGUGAUAUUUUGUUAAAAAUAACAACAUGAGAGCUUUGUUGCUUUUCUUCGUGUUGGCGAUCUUUGCCAUGGCUUCGGCUCAGAGAGGCAAGGGCAACAACCCUGGGCAAGUUCACUUCGUGGACAAUGCAAACCCUGGCCAAGGCAGGUUAUGGGGUAAUAACAGACCGACACCCGUGCAAUUUGUGGACAACAACAACCCGGGCGGUGUGAACUUUGUCAACAACCCAUAUGACAACAACCCCGGUCAAGUAAACUUUGUGAACAGCGACCCGAAUAACCCAAGCGGCGUAAACUUUGUCAACAACGACCCUAGUAAUCCAUCUGGCGUUAAUUUCGUCAACACCAACCCUAGUAAUCCGUCUGGCGUGAACUUUGUCAACAACGACCCUAGUAAUCCAAGCGGCGUGAACUUUGUCAACAACAACCCGAGUAAUCCGAGCGGUGUGAACUUUGUCAACAACAACCCCAGUAAUCCGUCUGGCGUGAACUUUGUGAACAACAACCCCAACGACCCGUCUGCUGUGAAUUUCGUAGAUGGCAACCCUGACCAAGUUGUGAUCACCAACCCCGACCCAUUCUUCGGCCAGCCCUCAUACCCUCAACGCCCUGGUGAGUGUCUUCAGCAGACUAUUUAAACAGACCUACAAGAAAAAAUAAAUAGAUUGACAACUUUGAUGAUCAAGUGUUUACAAGCUUGUGUUGGGUUCGAUUCCCUGGCCAGGCUGAUUAUAUAUUAGGUUUUAUAUUUAGGCAGUGGUUAGGUUACUUAUUAUUAAAACAGUUGAUUAAGAUCCUUUUACAAAAACUGGUGAAAAUUAGACAUUAAAUAUAAUUUUAAUAUUAUUAUAAAUUACCCAUCUGCUGAUUAAAAGAUGCGGUCUUAUUACCAAAUACCUAUAUUUUUUUCUAAAAGCAAUUCUGUUUUGUUUCUUGCAGCCUUCCCUAGUAAGUAUAGUUCAGAAUGUAUUUAAAAAAAUCGUCUUUAUGACGUGCUAUGACAUAUUUAACUCCAUAAUUAUUUCAAAAAGGACGAUUAAUUAAUUUAGUGCCACUAAAAUCUGUGCUGGUACCAUUGAGGCAAACCUUCUCCGUGUGAGAAGAGGCUUUGGUCAGUAGUGGCCAUUAAUAGGCUGUUGAUGAUGAUGAAAAACUGUCCUAGGUACUGUAAUAUUUUAGUUUUGUAAACAAACAAAACAAAACUAAAAAGCCUUAGAGAAGCCAAACUGCUCGAAGAGUAUUUUAUACAAAACCUGCCUGUAUACGAGUUUGCUUUACGUUUAACGAAAUCGAAACGAGAGCGCUUGGCGUUCUAAUUGGCUGUCUCGAAUAGACCAACCACUCAGAACGCCGAAUACGCUAUACCAUAUACCUCACUACAAGCAGUAUUAUCGGGACUAUCAGUACAUGACCGAUAGUCCUAGUUAAGACAAAGUCUGAAACGAGUAAAAUAUCACCAGUCCAAUAAUCUGAUAUCUUAUUAAGUCUAAACGUAAAUUAAAAUUGCACGAAAUGUAUCGAGCAGGACUUUCUAACGUAGUGUUCUUUACAGACAUCUCACCUGCCUUCGUCAACCGCCCAUACCCCGGCAAGCAAUACAACAACCCCUUGGCUCGCGGCGGCAAAUGAACCACUUAAUAAGAACAACGCAUUUCACUCCAAUUACUUCUGAUUUAAAUUCAAUUUCUUCUUGUACAGUAUUUUGAUUGUACUUUCAAUUAAUUUGGUUGUCUUCUGGUUAUUAAAAUUAUGUGAAUAAACAGUAUCUCCUUGUAUUUCUACUUUUGACUUUUAUUCUUGUCUUUUUUUGAGGGGGGAUAAUCAUUUAAUGACUUCUCUCGCUUUUGGCGAGGCGAGAGGGAGUGUCAGACUUUUACUGACUAGAAACCACCCCGUUCUUAUUCCUGCUUUUCGAGCCGGAGCCCCGGUAACCUAGCAAUCCGAUUCGGCUUCGCUCGUGUGCUAUUUUUACACAUUCUUGGUCCUUUCUCCAUUUUCUAGUUUUCCUUGAGAAACGCUUUCUCUAAAACAAAUCCCGUUUAGAUUGUAGUUUUGCACUUAACAAUAAAUAUUGCGAUUGAUCUUAAUAUUUAUAGAUUGGCAUCCAAUACACAUACCUAGUAUUCAAUGCAAAUAAAUGAUUUCUAUUUCUACAUACACACAUGUUACACUCAUAGACAAACAACUUACUACCUUCUAUGAAACAAUGGCAUUUUUAAUGCCCCAGUGAUUGCACUUAUUUUCUUUCUACAUAACAUUUGUAUUUAUUUGGUAUGAGGGCUAAUAUUUUCGAACAUACUCAUAAAGAAAUUAUAGUUAAUUACAAUCAUAGAAGAUUGUCUUAAAUAAAUUCUAUGAAUAAUAUGAAAAAUGCCUCAAGCAAUUAGAAAUACCUUAAUGUUUGCCGCUCUCCGCUAAAGAGUAGAAAAUACCAAAGGCAUUGCAUAAAAACUGUACUCAGGCUUAUUUUAAUUAUAAUGCAUUGGUAGCAAGAGCAACUUUAAAAGUACCUCGACACGAGUCACGGGUUCGAUUCCUAGAAGAAAAUGCAUAUCUUGACUGCCUCGUUGGCCGAGUGGUUGCAAGUGCGACUACCUGGUAAGGGGUCUCGGGUUCGAUUCCCAAGUCGGGGGAAGUAUUGCUGGGAAUUUUCGGUUUUUCGAAAAUUUCUCAGUAGUAGCACGGGGUCUGGAAAUGUGCCCGGUAAUAGGUUUAUAUUACAUGGGACUUACAAUAUAAAUAGUGAAAAGUGAGUGUACAGUAUACAGUGGCAUUACGUGCCAUAAUGUGCGAAUGGCGCUAUAAAAAAAAUCCAUGUCAUCAAUGCUCAAAUUACCCCAAGGUUAGAGUUUUGACAGAAGGCACUUUUGAACGACAGGCAAAUAUUUUUUUUUUUAUGAAACACCCCGGUAAUCGAGCAGACGUAUUACCUGAUGGUAAGCAAUCGCCGCCGCCCAUGGACACUUGAAACUUGAAACACCAGAGGCGUUAGGCGUGCGUUGCCGGCGAAGCAUGGCUCUCCCACACUGACUAAAAUCACUCUGGCAAUCAGUCGAUUAUAUGGUACCUCAAAGAAACAGGUUCUGUGAUAUGUCAUCAUCUAUGAAUGAACGAAUGAAUAAAUUAAAUCAGCCGUGAUCGUCCCACUGCAGGGCGAAGGCCUCCCUUCCCUCCUUCUCUUAUCAUUCCGUGUUUAUUUAUGUUUCCUCUUGUUUUUCAGACAACGACCCUGCCCUUCGCGGCGGCAAAUGAGCGACGUAACACCAAAAGCCUUC